UACAGUCGCUUUUUGUCUGGUGUGUGUGUUGAAGAGGAAUUUGAGGAUAUAAACUGAGAAGCAGUGAAGUCUGCUCAUCCCUUCCCUGGUGCCUUAAUUUCUAAGAAGAUAAAUAAAAGUGAAAUGAAACUGUUCCUUAUUUUCCUGGCUGCAUGGGACCCCUCUUCCUCUCCAGAGGGACCCCUGCUGGCCCGGGGCCCCUCCGGAGAGCCACUGCAGUGAGCUAUUUAUGGUCUCCACAGGAACAAGGUCCCGCCUCUCCGGAGACAUUUUCAUAUACCGUGUUAGACGCCUCUCCUCCUCUCCUUUCUCCUCCUCGCUCGUACACCUAUAGGAGGAUGCUUUCCGUCCUGGGGGGCCUCCUCUUCCUGCGCUCCGAUUGGCCCCCUGGUGAGCCUCUGCCGCGGUGACGUCAGGCCCCGCCGCCCCUGCAGCGCUGAAUGGACCCAGCAGCCUUUCUGAUCCACUCCAAAACAGCUCGGCACGGCGCGGCACGGACAUCUUCCCGGGAAUAGAGAAAUAACAGGGAUAGAGGCUUGACGGGACAGCGAGGGAGAUCGCCCUGCAGAGCGGAGAGAGGCCUCAACACCAUCAUCAUCAACAUCAUAGCCUACUUUUUUUUUCUCCACAAGACAGGACGGGGGAGUGCGCCCACCGUGUUGCGGGUGUAUGUGCGUGCAUUUGUCUCCCGGUUUGGAUCACGAUGAUGCAAAGUGCGGCGGUCCUACAGACAGAGAGUCCUGUAAAGAGUUUACCGGAGAUCCUCGGAGUGCCACUGCAACAGAUCCCUCAGUGUGCGGGCUGUAGUCAGCACAUCCUGGACAAGUUCAUCCUGAAGGUGCUGGACAGACACUGGCACUCCAAGUGCCUCAAGUGCGCCGACUGCCAGACUCCGCUGGCGGACAAGUGUUUCUCCCGGGCAGGAGGCGUCUACUGCAAGGAGGAUUUCUUCAAGCGUUUUGGAACAAAAUGUGCAUCAUGCCAACAGGGGAUCCCGCCGACGCAGGUUGUGCGGAAGGCGCAGGACUUUGUGUAUCACCUGCACUGCUUCGCCUGCAUCAUGUGCAGCCGACAGCUGGCCACUGGGGACGAGUUUUACCUCAUGGAGGAUGGGAGGCUGGUGUGCAAGGUGGAUUACGAGACUGCAAAACAAAACGAUGAUUCGGAGGCUGGGACCAAGCGACCAAGGACCACCAUCACUGCCAAGCAGUUGGAGACCCUCAAAAGUGCCUACAAAAACUCGCCGAAGCCUGCACGCCACGUCAGAGAGCAGCUUUCCUCGGAGACGGGGCUGGACAUGAGAGUAGUGCAGGUUUGGUUCCAGAACCGACGAGCAAAGGAAAAGCGCCUGAAGAAAGACGCCGGUCGACAUCGCUGGACUCAGUUUUAUAAAAGUGUCAAACGCAGCAGAGGAGGAGCUAAAGUGGAGAAGGAAAGCUCGGCUGACGACGCAGGACUCAGUGACAGCGAACUGAGCUUCAGAGAUGACCAGGUCCUGUCAGAUCUCGGCCACACCAACGGGCUUUAUGGGAGCGUCGGUGACGUGACCAACAGUGCGGUGCUGAACGGUGGCUUCUCUGUCGAUGCGACAGGCCAGACCUACCACGACAUCCGAGCAGGGAGCCCCUACGGUCUCCCUCAGUCGCCGUCCUCCAUCACCUCUCUGCCCGGCCACACCCCUCUCCUCAACAACCUUGGCUUCAACAUGGACAGUCUGGUGGCGCAGGGCGGGCCGGGCGGGGUGGGGCAGGCUCUGAGGGCCAUGGCAGGUGGACCCACCUCAGACCUCUCUACGGGCAGCAGUACGGGAUACCCCGACUUCCCCACCAGCCCCGCCUCAUGGCUGGACGAGAUGGACCAUUCCCAGUUUUGAGUCUCGAACACGUUAGAAGAUCUCUGUGGGGAUACAACAAAACAGACUCACAAGGCUUUUUACAUUUCUUUCUAUCACCCUCCAAGACUGAUAUGUUUUGUGAUGUUGGGUGAAGAGCAGAAGGAAGAGAAGAAGUUUGAUUCUCAGUCUCUCAGCAGUCGUAACAGUGAGGUAACGGCCGGGUCGAGAUGUGUAGUCCGGAGAAAAGCAGUGAAGAACACCUCCACACCACUGAAUGUUCAGUCUCAACACUGUGUCAUACAACUUUUCUUAUCACCUGACUUUAUUUUGUUCUUUCACUCUCUGAAAAUGAGACUGGAUUUCCAAUAUGUCGGUGGAUUACGCUCACAGGAGAGGUAAUAUUGUCUCGUCCCCCAAAAUAAACCAUCCCUGUCUAACAGCUACAUUAGGGCUACAAUCUAGAUCAAAGUCCCUAUGAGACCCAGGAGGCACCUGCAUGCUUCUGAUUCAUAAGUAGAAAUGAGUAGGACUGCUGUCUGGCCAUAUUGAAGCCUUUACAUUGGCAAUGCACUUUACUCUCCUCCUCUUUUUCUACACAUAUGGACAGGAAUGCAGAGGAAAAAGAGAGAAAAAGGUGAGAGACAUAUGCACAAGGCAAAAACACAGUGUUUCAUUGGGAGAGAGAUUUACAAGAACAGUGGCACAAGUGUGAAUUUUGAACCAUGCUGAUGUUUUUUAAUGUAUUGCUGAAGCUUACAAGUUAUUAGGAAGUAGAUGGUCUGUCCGUCCAUUCGUCCGUCUGUCCGUAGAAAAAGUCAAUGUCUCCUCUGUUUGACUGAGGGUGAACACUGUUUGCUACACAGCAGGUCUCUCUUCUAUAUUUAUAGGUGCUUGACUUGUUCUUGUCUGUGUAAAAGCUGUCUGAGAGCGGACGUCUGUCAGUAUUAAAUUAUCUGUUUCCAGACUCAACAGGAUUCAAAGCUUAAGUGUUGGAUGACAGUCAAGACAUUCUAGUAAUAUAUCACACAUCUAAAUUAUUAAUUUAUUCUUUUGAAUGCACAGAUGUAUGACAAGGAGAUUUACAUUUAUAAGACAUGCAGAAUCCUUUGCAGAUAUAAUUGAGCAAAUUAAAUGGUUACACAAAUAUAAAACAUCUAUUUGACUUUCAAAACCGACACCGACAAGUAUUAGCAGAAACAAUGAGAAAAAGUCUCUGUGUGUCAGCUCUUCUGUUUUGUCAGUCUGAUCCAAGCUCUUGGUAAUCUACUCAGUCCCGCAGAGCUCUAGCUUUGCCUGCUAUCAUCCUACUUACUGACCCCAGAUGUGUUGUCAGCCUGUUCUCCCACUGCCUGGCCUCCAUGUCAGAGGAUUACCACAGAGCCCCCACAGCCCCCCACCCCCCACCCCCCACCCCCAACAUACAGGGCUGAUACUCCACUGAAGCAUCAGUGUUGGCAUGUCUGCUGGGCUGAUCUGUUUCUUCCAGUUCAGGCCACAUCAGCUGCAUCUUGACCGACAAAAUAGGACACAGGAGAUGACUAGAGCCCCUGCGUCUGAUUCUGUUGAAAUUUAAAUUUUCUUUGAGCUAUAAGAGGAAACAGGUUGAUUUGACCUGUUGACCAUAUAAAAGCCAGUGUCUAUUUUGAUCUGAGGGAAGGUUUACUUAAAAACACAUCACCAGAAUCGUAUCUUCACUGCUGUUUCUGUUUGUCUGUUGAUGAAAAGAAAUCAAAAUCUUAUCUAUUUGGUCACCUUUUCCCAGGAAAUUGCCAAGUCUUUUUCUACCAGAGCAUCAUAUUUCAGAGCCAGAAAGCAAAUCAACAAACAGAAAGCGAAACCAUUAAGACAAUUUUAAAAACUGUGGAGUACAGCCCAUAUUUUACAGUGCAAUUAUUUACUGAAUAUAUGCUAUCAAUGAAAUACUUAUACUUACUGUGUAACUACACUGGGAUUAAUAUGUAGGUACAGGGAAAGAAGAUAAGAGAGGGAAUAAAGGGGCGACAACUUUGUGCUUAGGAGGGACUUAUGAUUUAAAUUGCCCACUUAAAUUACACUUUUUUGAAUUACUAGUAUCUGUUUUACAGAGUACAAUCAUUUUAUUAUUAGAUAACAAUGCAGGACAACUUGGAAAACAGUGUUGAUAUUUCACAUAUUUGACAUUGGUUGUGGUAUCAUUUAUUUUAAAAUAACAAUAAACGUAUAACUUUGGGAGAUAACAGUGUAAAAGGAUUUAAAAGUUGAAGUGCAGUGACCAUUAUUGUUGUUGCUGGAGAUUAAAAGAUUCGUUUUACAUAACUAAGCUGUUGUAAAAUGUCAUACAGGCCAAGCCUUUUGGUCUGCUGUAUGUACUCUGUGAUUAUUAAACAUGUACCAGGUAAUUUAAAUCAUAUUUAUAGUAUAAUUCACUUUUACGCCCCCCCCCCUAAAUGCAAGUUGGUUACCCCUUUAUUCUCUGUAUUCUGCCCUUGUACAUAAAGUUAGAUACCCAGUAAGUGUUUCAUUGGUACCUUAUAUGUCCAAAUAAUUACAGUGUAAAUUGCAGGCUGUAAUUUAUAGUGUUGAGUGAAAAUCCUGUACAAAUGCAUUACCACUACAGUUUUGUUAAAUCUGUGUUGCCUCAGAAGUUUGCAUCUUAAUUGUUGUAAAUUUUGUACAGUUUGAAAAACGUGUUGAUCGUCUUGUUUCAUGAGCGCUAUUUAUUAUUGCCAUGUGUCUUUGAAAAAGAUGUAAAAGAGAGCACUGAAUUUAUUCAUUUAUGCCUUCUGUGUAAUGGUAUGAACUGUGUACAGUCAAAUCUAUAUGAGGAAAAUAAAGCUGAAUUGUCUUUGGGUUA